CCCCCUUGCCCACCUAGCCAGGAUUUCCUUACAGUAGCUUGCAUUGGGGCAUGUCGAUUGCGAAGUGGACAGUUGUUUUAUUGUUGUUGGUGUUCGGCCUGUGGAUGCUGGGGGUAUUGGGUGUAAAAAACGCAUGCAUUCUAGUCUUGUUUGUUCUUCACUGCUCAAUUCACUUCUAUUUAAGAUGAUGAAAUUGGAGAGUGUUGACAAUGAGGUGGAAGCGAUACAGGACGGUCAAAGCUUUCAAAGUGAUGACAUCGACCAACCAUCAACAAAUACCACAUUUGUUACAAAUUUAAGCCCUUCGAUAGCUGAGGAACUCUUGCGCAUUGAGCUAGAACUGUGCGCACAAAUAAGCUCACUGAUGUUUAGUCUGCCUGUACGGUAUGUGUACAGUCCAAUUGAGUAUGCAUUUGAUCUGCACGCUCAGUUUGUCAGGAAUUUCUGUAACACAUCAAAAAAGGUUCUCUUCUUGGGAAUGAAUCCAGGACCUUGGGGCAUGUCACAGACUGGGGUCCCUUUUGGAGAGGUAUCAGUUGUGAAGGAUUGGUUUGGUUUGCAGGGGUCUGUCAAAAAGCCGAAGCACGAACAUCCAUCAAGGCUGAUACAAGGGCUAGACUGUCGACGCAGUGAAGUUAGUGGCAAGCGAUUUUGGGGUCUUUUCCGAGAAAUCUGUGGCUCAAACCCCUACUUAUUUUUUAAGAAUUGUUUCAUUUACAACCAAUGUCCAAUAGCUCUUAUGUCUGAUACUGGAAAAAACAUUACACCUGCAGAGUUGAAGGCUUCUGAAUCAAAAGUUCUGCUAGCUUUCUGUGAUAAAGCUUUGACCAAAGUGAUUCAACUCCUGAAAGUCCAUUUGGUUGUUGGAAUUGGGAAAUUUGCAGAAAAGAGAGCUUGCAUAGCUUUAAAUGAAGCAUGCUUGAAAGAAGUCAAGGUUGUCUCAAUUCCUCACCCAAGUCCCCGUAAUGCUCACUGCAGUGGAAAUUGGAAAGAGGUGGUAGCAAAGAUUUUGACAGAUCUGGGCAUUCUUGACCUUCUAUCUGGCAACUGAAAUUUAUUCUUAGGCUUUCUGAAAGAAAAGAAAGAAGUUAAAAUGGAUUCUUCUGCGUCCAAGUCAGAUGACUUUUUCCCGGAGAAAAAGGAAAGUUCUUCCAGAGGGGACUUGAAGGAUGACAUUCCGGUUGUUGGGGACAAGUUGAAAG